AUCGUGUUACGUCUACGGCGGUGGCAAAUCAACUCGUGACUCUGGUGCGAUCGGUUCUUCAACACCAUCCGUCGCCGCAGUAAGGGCAGCAGUAGCAGGUAGCAGCAGCAGCAGCUAGAGCUUGAUUUUCAUUUUACUUCUAUCCGAUCCCGAUUCCGGUCCGCGGCACCAGCGAUGGCAAGCAACACCCAGGGAAUCCAGCAGCUGCUGGCCGCUGAGAAGAAGGCCGCCGAAAAGGUCGGAGAAGCCCGCAAGCGCAAGGCCCGUCGUCUAAAGCAGGCCAAGGAUGAAGCUACCGACGAGAUCGAGAAGUACCGUGGCGAACGCGAGAAGCAGUUCAAGGAUUUCGAAGCCAAGCACAUUGGCUCGCGCGAGGGUGUCUCCAAAAAGAUCGACGCCGACACUCGGGUACGUAUCGACGAGAUGAACCGGGCCCUCACCACCCAGAAGGAGUUUGUCAUCAAGGACGUGAUGCAGUACGUGUACGCCAUCAAGCUGGAACUGCACAAAAACUACCGUCAGUAAAAAAAAGGCUCCACCGGACAUUAAAAAAAAACUGCCGCUUCUGGCCUGGCCUGGCAAGAUCGGUUGAUUUUCAUUCAUUUGCAACCACACCGGGGUUUAUAAUUUUCUGUGAACUUGGUAACUUUCUACAAUGUACCACCACCACAUUCCCUGGCACUAGGAACAGUUGUACAGUACUUUUCUCGCUCGUUAUGUUUAUGGAUUUGUUUUUUUUUUUUUUUAAUUUUGAAAUGUUUUGAAGAAGGUAAUGUAAAAUUGCUGGAAGAGAUGCGAUGUGGUGUCACGGCGACGUCAUGUCCUAUUUUUAGUAUUAAAGUAAUCUAAGAUCAUGUAAGAAGGAAACGCUCUAGGUUAAGUGAAAUAAAGUAAGGAAAACCAAAAA